AUGAUGACUCUCAACACCUCGACUGAUUUUGACCCUCACAGUCAACUGGUGCGGCAUAUUGUUGAUCACUUUGCCGCAACCAAGCCGGUAGCUGUGUAUGCUGAAUACCCACGCAACCUCACAAGCUAUGAAGAUGGGUACCAAUCGGUCACAUACAAAACUCUUGCCAUUGCCAUUAACGGCCUUACUCACUUGCCGGUGGGCCACUUGGGGCCAGGCAGGGGAGAGGUUCUCACCUACGUUGGCCCUAAUGAUUUGCGAUACCCAGCUUUGAUUCUUGAAGCUGUGAAAGCGGGAUACUGCGUAUGGCAAACUUUCUUGACUUCUCCCCGUAACAGCCCAGUGACCCAUCAAUCCUUGUUGCAAAAGCUGGGAUGCACCACGCUGAUCGCUCCUGUACCACGCCCUCCUGCUGCGGCAGCAAUCCUAGAGGCCGUCUCGCUCCAGGUCCUCGGUAUCCUCAGUAUGGAGGAACUCACCUACCUGGAAGCGGCCCUCCAGCCACUGGUCAUAAUCCGUACCUCCUCAGGAUCCACCGGAAUCCCCCAGCCCAUCAAAUGGAUCCACGAGACAACUGUCAAGCACAUGCGAAUGCAAACUAUGAUGCUGCACCCCUUUCACGCUGGUGGAGUGGGGCAUCUAUCGUUCGUCACUAUGCCUGUAGAACUUGAGCUUGUGAUGCCACUCUCUAGAAGCUUGCCUACCGCGGCCGGGAUGGUUGCAGCACGCAAGCACACGCCCUUCAGCUUCACUUUCGUGACACUAUCAAUUGUCUCGAAGCUGGCGCAGACCCCCGAGCUACUGGACUUUGUCCACACCCACUUGGAUUUCCUCGGCUACUGCGGCGGGGAUCUACCCCAGACGAUCGGUGACACUGUGGCUGAGCGGAUCAAACUGGUGAACAUCUACGGUGCCACGGAUAUGGGACUGAUCUCCGCGAUUCACUCGACGACCGACCGAGAUCCGACCAGGGACUGGCGGUAUACGCGUUUCCACCCGCAAUUGGGGGUGCAGAUGCGCCACGUCUUGGAGCAUGAGCUGGUCAUGGUGCGUACGCCUGAGUACGGACGCCACCAGUUCCCUUUCAGUAUCGCCGAUCUGUGGCGCACAACAUCACGUCUGGACGAUAUGAUUGUCUUUUUCAACGGCGAGAAGACAAACCCGAUUUUGAUGGAGCAGCAUAUCGUUGCUGCCAACCGGGAGGUAACCGGCUGCCUGGUCGCCGGUGCUCAACGCUUCCAAGCCGCGCUGAACGUGGAGCUCGGGAAAGCAGAACUAGCACUGAAUGAGGCCAACCGCGCCUGUCCGGCUCACGCACGCAUUGCCAAGAGCCACAUUCUGUUUACCACGCCAGAGAAACCCAUGUUGCGGGCUGGCAAGGGCACUGUUCAACGUGCUGGCACCUUGGCGCAGGCGACCGGGGGCAUGGUGGCAGGGCCCGGCAGCGUGGAUGAUGCUAGCCAGGUCACCGCAUACGUCCGUACCUCUAUCCUGGCCAUCACAGGCUGGAACUACCUGCAGACAAUCACACUGACCCGAGAGCUCAAUUUUGGUCUCAAUCUGCCGGCUAUCAUGCCCAAUCUGAUUUACUUGCAUCUUGCCGUGACGGCGCUCACCCAGGCGGUCCACAAGCUCGGCAGGGCAGCGAAUCGGAUUCCCGAUGAUUGCGCUUCGCGGUCUGCGACUAGACCGUCGACACAGACGGUAGUUCUUACCGGCUCUACGGGUCAACUGGGCUCAUACAUCCUUCAUGCACUCCUUAGCAAUCCCUCCGUGGCACAUAUCCAUUGCCUCAACCGCAAAAAACGCGCUCGAGAGACCCAGCACGAGUGCAUGGUGACGUAUGGUCUAACGCCACUGGCUAACCAUGAGUCUCGCGUGAGCUUUUGGAUAGCGGACUUCAGCCGGGCGGAUCUCGGAUUGCAGCGCAGAGUCUUCAAGCAGCUACACCCCACCUCAGGGCGUGGUGACCUCAUCAAUUUCACAGCUCGCAGCCCGCUGUCUCCGCAUCUGUUCUUUCUCUCCUCCAUCAGCUCAAUCAUAGGCCAUUACACCGACUCCAGCCUCACCUCGGAGACGAUGAUAGCUAGCACCCACUGUGUCCCCACCGGCUGCGCGAACAGCAAGUAUAUCGCCAAGCAUCUGCUCGCCCGCGCUGCUCUUUUCCGGAGUUCGUGGCAUCUCGAGACCCUUCCAGGUACAUUGAGCUCCCCCUUGGAUCGCAUCGACUGGGUCUUAAUCGAUCUUUUGGCUGAAGUUAUAGUGGAUUUAGCACUUCUCGGUGGGGCAAUGGAUGGUUCUGCGCGGGGACAGUUGCAGGUUUACCAUCCUAUUAACCUUCACCCCAAGUCCUGGGAUGAAGUCCUCCCUGUUGUCGCCAAAGAGCUUGCGGCGCGAAGCGGUGUCGAUGAGCUUGACAUAGUCCCACUGCGGGAGUGGGUGCAACGGGUGCGGUUGGACGUCGAGACCGCUGGGCGCGGGGAGGACCGCAAGAAGCUCAACGAGAAGGAGUUGCGACUGCUUCUGGCGUGGAAGCCGGCGGCCAAACUGCUGGAGUUCUUUGAGGGGCUGGUCGGACACACUGAGGCAGAGAAUGCGCUGGAGACGGUGCGUACAGCUGAGAUUAGUGGACGACUGCAGGAGGUGGAGGGGGUGCAGCCGGAAAGGAUUCGGAAGUGGAUUGGGGAGUGGUUGGAUUAG